AAAAUAAGUUUUAAAAAAAUAAAAAAAAAUGUCUCUCUCUCUCUCUAAAUUCUAAAUCUCUAUCUAAAAGAAAAAUGGAACCUAACGACACGCAACAACUACCACUGAGCUCGUACUUCCACCACCAUCACCAUCAACACCACCACCACUCCGCUACCGCCCCCUCCGCCACCGCCGCCACUGCGUCACCUACCAAUGGCCUGCUUCCCCCACCUCCUCACACCACCAACGACGAUGGCGCUGGAUCCCACCACCACCAACAACAACACAAUCCAAUGGUGUACCCUCACUCCGUUGGUUCUUCCGCCGUGACGUCCCCGCUGGAGCCGGCGAAGAGGAAGCGUGGAAGGCCCAGAAAGUAUGGGACGCCGGAGCAGGCCUUGGCAGCCAAGAAAACGGCAUCGGCAUCGGCAUCUAACUCUAAGGAGAAGAGAGAAGCGCUGUUGGGUUGUAACUCGUCUUCGUUCGGCAAGAAGUCUCAGCUUGUCGGUUUUGGAAAUUCUGGGCAAGGUUUUACUCCUCAUGUUAUUAGUGUAGCUGCUGGUGAGGAUGUUUCGCAGAAAAUCAUGAUGUUCAUGCAACAAAGUAAGCAUGAGGUAUGUAUUCUGUCUGCAUCUGGUUCGAUCUCUAACACAUCUCUGCGCCAGCCAGCCACAUCAGGAGGCAAUAUUACAUAUGAGGGUCGUUUUGAGAUCAUUUCAUUGUCUGGAUCCUAUGUGCGGACGGAAAUUGGAGGAAGGACUGGUGGGCUUAGUGUUUGUCUUUCUAGUUCAGAUGGCCAGAUCAUUGGAGGAGGAGUUGGUGGACCCCUAAAGGCCGCUGGUCCAGUUCAGGUUAUUGUUGCUACCUUUCAGAUUGAUACUAAGAAGGAUGCUAAUGCUGGUUUAAAAGGUGAUGCUUCAGGCAGCAAGUUGCCAUCGCCAGUUGGUGGGGCUUCAGUAUCAAGUAUUGGCUUCCGCUCACCAAUUGAGUCUUCUGGGAGAAAUCCUAUCCGAGGAAAUGAGGAUUUUCAAACUAUUGGAGGGAGUCAUUUCAUGAUUCAACCUUCUGGUAUGCAUGUGUCGCCUUCACGAACAGAAUGGAGGAGUAGCCUGGAUGCUAGAACCUCUGCUGGUUAUGACUUGACAGGAAGAGCAGGGCGUGGAGCACAUCAGUCUCCAGAAAAUGGGGACUAUGACCAAAUUCCAGAUUAGAAGUUGUCUUUGAAGUAUGAAGAUACUAUUUAGCAGUAGAUUAUCUGACUUGUAGGUGCUUUUGCAACAUCAAAUAGAUGUACAUCACCCCUUGCACCAUGCCAAGAUUGUGGUAUCAUGUCUGUACAGAUCAAUGGUACUCUUUUAUUUUGUCAGCUGAUGCUAUAUAUAUAUAUAUAUAUAUAUAUAUAUAUAUAUAUAUAUAUAUAUAUAUAUAUAUAUAUUGCUCCAUAAAUUAAAAGUUGA